AUGAUCUUCUACUUACAAGGUACACCCUCAGCUUGCUGUGAUUGGCAAUCUAUACAAUUCGUGCGACUUCUGUAUCGGUACUUGUAUCAGUUACAUGAUACUCCUCGAAAAGAAAGUCUCGAUGGAGACGGCGAACGGCUUCAUGAUCUGCGUACAGACGACCUGAAAUGUAGAAAUUGGCAAGGAAUUGUGCGCGCAACUUUUAUUUCUCACGGAGUGAUGAUUGUUAAUGUGCGCGAACUUAUGUUUGGUUUUCAAGACGAUGAGUUCGAUUAUACCGCCAUAGUUGCUUUGAUGCAGUCAGCGACACCACAACCGAAUCAAGAAUCGCGCUUCGCAGCAAAAGGUUUGUGA